AUGUCGAGCAAUCCCUUCAACAUUCUCGGCAGCAGCUCCAGGCCCCCACCGCCUCAGUCGUCGACGAACGUGCUGCAAAGCCGAUCGAGCCGAUCUGCUGAGCCUCAGCAGCAGCCGCAGCAGCAACCGGAUCGGGCACCCAAGAAACGCAAGGGGCAUCGCGGAGGUAAAAAGAAGCGCCAGAGGAGAAAGAGCUUCGCUGUCAUCGAUGAGGAUGAUCAACGUAGCGAUACGAGAAGGCCGUCGGGCAGCGGUUUCUACCAGAUGCCUACCAGCGCGAGUGGGACCAGCCUUGACAGCGAGGCCCUGCUCGACCACAGUGAACAAAAGCCCAUGCGUGCACGACGGACUUCGACCAUUACCGGUCUAGGCGCCCCCUCCACCUCUUCAGUAUUUACACACAAUAACAUCAACAGCGGUAGUCGCCUACAAGCCAUGGAGAUGGCGGGAAGCAGCGACGAGGACGAGGGCGAUGACUUCGGUGCCAACGACGAGGGGGCUCCUCUCCUCUCCGAGCCAGUGUGGAAUCGCCGCCCUUCGAGUUACGGCGCCAACGACUCGAGGAUGAACCGACCUCGAAGCCGUGCAGGCUCGUCCAUCUUGUCACAUAACGCAAAACAAACCCCCACCAAGGAGCCAUACGAUGUCAAUAACCCGCCUUCGGUGCCUGCGUCGCCACAGCUCGGGGCCGUCGAUCGGCUAGAUAUGACGCUUGGAGAUGUCAUGAUCCGAGAUGAGAUUGACUCCCAUGACGGAAGCCCCCAUCUGCAUAUCGAGGAUAACGACGAUGCAAUGUCGGAUGUUGCCCCUGCAAUGAGGGACAACAGGCCUGUACAGCGCGUCAUGACGGGCCGCUCUGGCGAAGAGGACGUCUGCUUUCCGGGCCCAGGAAUGUCUGAGGUAGGGGAUGAGGACAUUGCCCGCCGCAGUGGUGGCCGUAGGGGCCACUUCAGGCCACAACGUCGUCGGGGGCAGUGGCCAGAUCUGUCUAAACUCGAAGAAUGGAAGCAUAUGGAAAAGGAGGACCGUAGCGAGGAGCGCCGUGUCAAGACGAUCACGGAGCCGCAGCUCAUUAAUGGUCGUCUGCGCCCUGUGCGUAAGGGCUGGUUUGAGACGGACGAGGACAUCCCGUACAGGUUUACCUACUUCAACGAGGAGUUUAGGAGCACCAUCCACAGCCAGACCAUCUCAGAGCUGGUCCAGCCCGGCGGCGGGUUUGAGGAACUGUUCAUCCCCGAGCCCCGUACGCUAUCAGAUGACGAGUCGGAUACGGAUGAAGAACUGCUUGCCCCCAUUCCUGUCAAGAACGCCCCCCCGGCUGAUAAUUCCAACAUGGGCACGCGCCAGACGUCUGUUUCCGAUCACGCACACAGCAACAACGUUACCACCGCUACUACUACCAGGGGUUUCUCCCCGAAACCCGAACUCUUGGGCAAUAACGCGGACUCCGGGCGCGGAACACCAACGCUGAGCGGGACCAGGUCUCCUGAGGGCAGCACGGCCAAACGCACACAGUCCCAAACGAGGGAAUACGAGACCAAUGCUAAAUCUCAGACGCCUCUCCAAGAAGGAGACCGACCAGUGUGGUGGCUCGACGUCUUCUGCCCUACCGAGGCCGAGAUGAAGGUCAUCUCCAAGGCGUUCGGCAUCCACCCGCUGACAGCCGAGGACAUCAUGUUGCAGGAGGCGCGCGAGAAGGUGGAGCUAUUCCGCAACUACUACUUUGUCAACUACCGAACCUUUGAUCAGGACAUUAACAGCGAGAACUACCUGGAGCCCGUCAACAUGUACGUGGUGGUGUUCCGCGAGGGCGUGCUGAGCUUCCACUUCUCGGUAACGCCGCACCCGGCCAACGUCCGCCGCCGAAUCCGCCAGCUGCGCGACUACUUGAUCCUGUCGUCGGACUGGAUCUCGUACGCUAUCAUCGACGACAUCACUGACGUUUUCCAGCCCCUAAUCCAGAACAUUGAGGAGGAGGUCGACGCCAUUGACGACGCCAUCUUGCGCCUGCACUCGGUGGCUGACAGGCGGCUAAAAGCCGAGAAGGUGGGACCCAGUGUCCAACACGACGACUCGACCACGGUCAAUGACUCCGCCGGCGACAUGGACAUGCUCCGGCGGGUGGGUGACUGCAGGAAGAGGGUCAUGAGCCUAUACCGGCUGCUGGGAAAUAAGGCAGACGUCAUCAAGGGGUUCGCCAAGCGGUGCAACGAGCGCUGGGAGGUGGCCCCUCGUUCAGAGAUUGGCCUCUAUCUGGGCGAUAUUCAGGACCACAUUGUGACCAUGACUUCCAACCUUGGUCACUACGAAAAGAUACUCGCCCGAUCCCAUGGAAACUACCUCGCCCAGAUCAACAUCCGCAUGAAUGAGAGACAGGAGCAAACGGCUGACGUUUUGGGGAAACUCACCGUCCUGGGAACCAUCGUCCUGCCCAUGAACAUCAUCACCGGUCUCUGGGGCAUGAACGUCUGGGUUCCCGGCCAAGAGUAUGAGGGCGACCUGGUGUGGUUCAUGGGUAUCACGGCUGGACUCUUGCUCUUCGGUCUGGGAUGCUACGUUAUUGCCAAGCGAGUCUAUGGCAUCGUGUAG